AUGUUAAAUAAUAAUAAUUCAUCCGCAUCUUCCCCAAAAAGCAGGAGCAUCAGGAUCCGCAAGGCAAGUAUAGGGGGGACAACACUUAGACGAAAAACUACAUUCUGCAUGAUGUAUCCCGAUUAUGUCUGUUUACUGAAGAAGUCUCUGUAUGGCCUUAAGCAAGCCCCUCGUGCAUGGUACAAAAGAUUUGCUGAUUUUGUGUCUGCUAUUGGGUUCACUAACAGUAAAUCAGAUAAUUCCUUAUUUGUUUAUCGGAAAGGGUCUAAUAUGGCUUACUUAUUGUUAUAUGUUGACGACAUUAUUUUGACAGCUUCAUCUGAUGAUCUCCGUAGAUCUAUAAUGGAUCACCUUGGCACUGAGUUUGCAAUGAAGGAUCUGGGCUCCUUGAAUUAUUUUCUAGGCAUCCGUGUAACUAAACACAAAGGCGGUUUGUUUCUAUCACAGCGCAAAUAUGCCAAGGAAAUUAUUGAACGUGCUGGUAUGGGUUCGUGUAAACCGAGUUCGACUCCAGUAGACACUAAGUCGAAGGUCAGUGCUACAACGGGGGGUCCAUAUGCGAAUCCAACAAAGUAUCGCAGCCUUGCUGGUGCCCUGCAAUAUCUCACGUUUACUAGGCCGGAUAUCUCGUAUGCAGUUCAACAGAUUUGCCUGCACAUGCAUGACCCUAGAGACGCACAUAUGAAUGCUCUCAAACGUAUCAUACGCUAUGUUCAAGGUACUCUCCAUCUUGGCUUACACCUUUAUCCUUCCGCGAUUGCAAAUAUAGUCUCUUAUACUGAUGCAGAUUGGGGAGGGUGUCCUGAUACGAGACGAUCCACAUCGGAAUACUGUGUUUAUUUGGGUGACAAUCUGAUCUCGUUGUCGUCCAAACGUCAACCUACUUUAUCUCGAUCCAGUACCGAGGCUGAGUAUAGAGGGGUGGCUAAUGUUGUUUCAGAGUCCAGUUGGAUUCGGAAUCUACUACUCGAACUACAUUGUCCUGUUCGGAAAGCUACAAUGGUGUAUUGCGACAAUAUCAGUGCCAUUUAUCUUUCCGGGAAUCCUGUUCAACACCAGCGCACUAAACACAUUGAAAUGGAUAUUCAUUUUGUCAGAGAAAAAGUUGCACGAGGUGAAGUACGAGUUCGACAUGUGCCUUCACGUUAUCAGAUUGCAAAUAUUUUCACUAAAGGGUUGCCCCUUAUUUUAUUUGCGGACUUCCGGAACAGUCUCAAUGUUCGUCAUCCUCCCGUUUCGACUGCGGGGGUGUGA